UUUUUUGCUCUAUAUAUAACAUCAUCAUAUCGUGUGUGUGUCUUCUUUUUUCUUUUAUAAAACUGCUAUAUUAACACAUUUUGCUGCUUGUUGUUUUUUCAUUCAUUCAUUUUUUUUGCCAUUCUUCAUUAUCAUCGAAUCUUUUGUUUGUUCCAUUCAAUUCAGCUGCUGUUCCCUAACAACAACAACAACAACAAUAAGAUGCUCUGAAUGAAUCGUUCACAAACAUAUUCGUCGCUAUCAUCAGCCACAUCAUCUAGUGAAUAUCCAUUCGAUCGACCAACAGCAAACCGUCAACAACAACAAUAUGAUGACGAAAUUAAUUUCGAUGAUGAUGAUGAUGAUGAUGGCCAGAAAAAUCCAUCAACAACAACAUCAAGAAAAUCUUAUGGUUAUUGUGGUUGGAAUCAAGUAAACUACAGUGGUCGUGGUGGUACAAUAUUAAGUGAUCCAUUAUUUCAAAACGACACUAAUGUUGAAUUUCGUGGUCAAAAAAUUAAUCCUUGUAUUAUUAAAUUAAAGUUGACAAAAAAUAAAUUUGUCCACCAAAACCGACAUUGGUCAUCAUCAUCAUUAUCAUUAACAUCAUUAUUAUCAUCAUCAACAUCGAUUCAAACAGAAAUGGAUACAAAUCAAUCAUCAGAGAAUAAUCAUCGAUCAUCAUUAGAACAUGGUUCAGUAGGAUUGAUAAGCGGUUAUGAUGAAACUCAACGUCUUGUGGAUAACACACAUCAUCAACAUCACAAUUCAGAUAUAGAAUCUAGUCAUCAGAAGAAGAAAAAUCGAAAUUCCAAUGAAACAGCCAAUAUUAAUAGCUGUAAUUUUGCCCUAUAUAAAGGCAUUUUUUAUUCAUCAUUAUCAUCAGUUUUCUUUUCAUUAUCAGCUGUUAUUGUUAAAUAUCUUAAGGAUAUUCAUCCCGGUCAAUUGGCUGUAUCACGUUUUUUCGGCAUAUUCAUUCUGACCAUACCAUUGAUUGUUUAUCAUGAUUUGAAUCCAUUUGGUCCACCAGAAUUACGUCCAAUAUUAAUAAUGCGUGGUAUUGCCGGGGCUACAUCAUUGUUUCUACGUUUCAUUGCAUUUCAUUAUCUAUCAAUUGCUGAUGCAUCGGUUAUUAUUUUCUCUGUACCAAUAUUUGUCUCUAUAUUUGCUUGGUUCUAUCUAAAGGAACCAUGUGGCUUAUUUCAUACAUUGACCAUAAUAAUAGCAAUGAUUGGCCUAAUUAUGACGACAAAACUACCAAUAUUUUUCUCCUAUAGUGGUAAUCAUAUUAUGGAUGAUAAUUAUUACAAUUAUUAUCAUCCAUCAUGGUCAUCAACAUCAUCAAUGUUUAUGAAUAUGGCUGGCUAUCAUAAUGGUAAUAAUGUGAAUAACAUAUCAUCAUCAUCAUCAUCACCAAAAAUGACGAUGAUGAUGAUUAAUUCAAAUUCCACAAUGACAUCAUCAUCAUCAAUUGUUGUUGGAAAUCAUAAUGAUCGUCUAAAUCAUCUAUAUGGUGUAUUGGCCGCGCUUAGUUCAUUAAUAUUUUCAUCAUCUGUAUUCAUUUUUAUACGUAAAGCAAAAGGUGCACAUCAUGCUGUGAUUAUGUUUAAUUUUGGCUGGGUUGCCAUCAUUGAAACCACCAUAUUGACAACAUUAUUGAAUGGUUUUUCAAUGCCACGUACACCAUUCGAAUGGUAUCUAAUAGUAGUGUUGGCUGUGUUUUCAUUCUGUGGUCAAAUGUUAUUGACACGUUCAUUACAAUUAGAACAAGCUGGCCCAGUAUCCGUUGUACGUGCUACAACCGAUAUUACAUUAGCAUUUCUUUGGCAAUUGAUUAUAUUUAAAGAAACACCAGAUUUAUGGUCAAUUUUUGGUGCCUUAGUCGUAUCCAGCUGUAUUGUAUUGACAGCAAUGCGUAAAUGGGUUCUAUCAUUACCAGAACAUUCACGUAUUCGGGAUAAACUUUAUUUCCUGUUAUUAUGAAUGAUGAAAAAAAAAAAAGAUUCACUUUUCAUCUGAUUGAUUGAUUAAUGGCUGCCAAAAAAAACAACAAAAACAAAAAUGCAAAGAAUUUAUCAUGUGUAUAAUAAUGAGAAACACAUAUAAUGAUCAAAUUGUAAUGAAUCAAUAAAAAUGAAUUUAUAAAUAAAUAAAUUUUUUUUU